AUCUGGCAAACAAAAAUAAACAGCAUGCUUCGUGUUGUGUGUGUUGUAUCACUACAAUAAAUAAAGUAUCUAGAUCUAGAUCUAGAUCUAGACUUAGAUCUAAUUCUAGAACUAAAAAAAUACUAAAUAAAAUAAAAACAGAUCUAGAUAUAAAAAAGGUAGAUCUAUUAGACUGGAUUCAAAAUAAUAAAAAGCAUGACUGGCCCUACAAAGGAAAGCCAUUUGGUACAUCCUACCAGAGUGACCCAAGAAACAGAGUCAACACAAGACAGCUGUAUAGCUGUAAAAGAUCAAGUUCUUAAAACUGAUGACUAUGCAGAUUCUACUAUUGAAUCAGAUUAUGUUACAGUUGUCUGUGAAAUAAAUGGUGCUCAAAACUUUCUUACACCAAAUACUAAAAAUGACAACCAGUUUCCAGAUUCUUCUGAAGAGAACUUGACAUCUCUUGUUACCUGCUAUAACAAUGUAAAAAACAUUACCGGUGAAGUUCAAGUAAUAGAUCCUAAAGAUGGUCUCAUUGUAAAAAAUCUUGUAGAAGAUGCUAAUAUUACUGAUUCCACAAGAAGAAAUACACAUGAACUGAGUCUUACAGAAGAUUCAAAUAUUACUAUUCCCACAGAAGACACCAAUAUUACUGAUCCCACAGAAGACACCAAUAUUACUGAUCCCACAGACGACACACAGAGAACAGACCUUACAGAAGAUUCAAAUAUUACUGAUCCCACAGAAGACACCAAUAUUACUGAUCCCACAGAAGACACCAAUAUUGCUGAACCCACAGAAGACACCAAUAUUGCUGAACCCACAGAAGACACCAAUAUUGCUGAUCCCACAGAAGACACUAAUACUGCUGAAUCCACAGAAGACACACAGAGAACAGACCUUACAGAAGAUACUAAUAUUACUGAACCCACAGAAGAAACUAAUAUUACUGAUACCACAAAAGACACAAAGAGAACAGACCUUACAGAAGAUACAAAUAUUACUGAUCUCACAGAAGACACCAAUAUUGCUGAGUCCACAGAAGACACCAAUAUUGCUGAGUCCACAGAAGACACACUGAUAACAGACCUUACAGAAGUCACUAAUAUUACUGAUCCCACAAAAGACGUACAUGGACUAGAUCUUAAAGAAACUAGUAAAACAGAUUCUGCAGAAGUCACCUAUAAAACAGGUCUUACAGAAGACACACAUGGGACAGAUACAGAAAAAAUAGAUUCUUCAGUAGAAACUCAGGAAAUCACCAAUGGUAGUCGUGUAGCAGACCUUAUUAGUGACGCCCAAAAAAAACAUCCUAUAGAAAAUACCAAUGUAGAAAAUGCCUUACAAGACAUUAAUGGUCAAGAAGUAAUUGAAAUAAAGAAAGAAGUAGUAGAUAAUGAUUAUGAUAGUUCAUGUGUGAUCUACCGUAGUGGUGCUAUUGUGGUGUACAGUGAUAGUAGCUCUAGUGAUUCUGAUGGUGAGGAGCUUCUACAACCUCAAGUUGUAGAAAAGCCAACAGAGAUCUUGCCCACUCCCAAGUGCGCAAUUACCAGGACUGAGGGAGAAGUUUUACCCCAGGAGUUACCACCAAUUGAGUACCUUACAAUCUCCCCUGGUGAAGAGGUAUCUCUUGAGCUUGUGGGAGCUGUGUCUGGUAUAGUUGAUGUAUUAGUUGUUGUGAAAGCAAAGUUUGACAGCCCAGCCCUAUAUGAUGACACUGUGUUGUUUUUAAAAGGGAGACAACCUUUAGGAUUGAUCUUUGAAACUUUUGGAACAGUGGAGCGUCCUUUUUAUUCAGUAAGAUUCAACCGUCCUGAAGAUAUUGAAGAAAGAAAUAUACACAUAGGGGAUGAAGUUUUUUAUGCACCUAAAGCAGAUAAUUUGACAAAAUAUGUUUUUAUAUCCGAGCUAAAAAAAUUAAAAUAUAAUGAUGCGUCAUGGGAAUAUGAUAAUGAACCUCCUCCAACACAAAUAGAGUUUUCUGAUGAUGAAGAAGAAAAAAAAGCAAAGCAACGCCAGCGAAAUAAAGCUCGUGGCAUUGAAGGCCAAAGUGAUGAAACACCAAGGCAAAUGUGUUCAAAGAAAAAAAGAAAAAAAGCUUUUGUGGAUAGGAAUCAAGCAGCACGGUUACCAAGUGAUCAGACCCCAGGCUUGUUACAAGGUGAUCUUAACAAAAAUCCCUUUGGGAACAAGUCACAUGUCUAUAAUCCUACUUCUUGGCCCCCAAACAGGCCACCAUUACCUGACAUGUCUGUUCCCCCACCGAACUUUAGACAAAUGUAUCCACCUGCACAUUUUGGUCAAAUGCCUGAUUGGAAGUCUAUCCCUGGAGUUUUCAACAAUGGGCCUAGAGCAUGUUUCUCAGGAAUGAAUGUUCCACCUCCACCAGCACCACAACCCCAAUUUUUUACUUCAUACCCUCCACCCCCACAGUUUUUCCCCACAUAUCCACCACCACAAUUUUCAAAUAACAGCAAUCAUCAAUCCCAAUUUCCCACACAGUAUCCUAACAACACUUUCUAAAGAAUUAUUUGUUUGUUGAUGUAAAAACCUACCAAAUGUUAUAACACAAUAUAAUAUAAAUAAAAAAAUAUCUAAU